AUGCGGCAGACUCUGUUCAAGUUGCUCCAGCUGGUGCUGCACAGAAGUUCAGAUGAAGCCGUUUUGAGCCACCUAGACUUGGCCGUAGGCCUGCUGCACGCCCGCACAAUGGCUGUGUGCCCUAAGGUGAAGUCUUUGGCUCUGGAAGCCGUCGUUGAGCUCUGCAGUCGGCACCAAAACAUGCUGCUGCACUCCAAUGAGCCGCUGUCGAGGUCACUUCUUUCCUGUCUCAUGCACCGACACUCGCGAAUCCGAAUGGGAGCUCGUCGCGCACUCACGCCGGUGCUUUCUUGUGGCUUCUACAAGUACAACGGCGAAAUCAUUCACAUUCUGGCUGGCUGGCGGGACCUCAACGUAGUGCCCGUCAAGAGUUUGUACAAUGUCAGAACCAUAGGGAACUACUUCGCGGAGUUGCUGGCAGACCUCUCGCCGCUGGUGCGCAUGUUUUUCUUCGACACUGUUGGCUACUGGCUGCUCAAUCUGCAAGACAAGGCGGACUUCAGAACUUGGCUAUUCCUCGCGGCGCCGCAGCAGCACGCAACAGCAGGAGUGGAGUCUCACAGAGUGGCUCUGCAGCUCUUGGGGGCCUUUGCUGACCCGGAAAACUACUGGGAAAUUGCAAACGACGCUUUAAGGGAGAAUUUCAAGUUUACGCUGCAACACUCAGCAGCCUGGCCUUGA